AACUUUCGUCUAAGCUUUUACUCUCUUUGUAAAAGACAAGAUGUCUUGGUUAUUUCAUCGAUGGUUAGUUUUAUGUGGUGUGUCACUGUUGGUGAUUAAAGAUUCCUGCGAAUUUUUUCUCAGGCAGACUGAAACCUCAGAGUGUAUUGCACCUGAAGAUAGUUAUCUUGGGUUUAUUAAAUAUGCGAAACGUUAUUGGGUUAGAAUGGUUGACAACUGCUUGAAGAGUAGUGCACAGUUCCGUUAUAUUAACAAGACAGAAUUGAUACACAAUAUCGACAAGAGAGGUUCGCUUAUAUGUAUACCAGGGGAUAGAACAUAUGGUGACAAACUGCUCGUUUAUGAUGGGGUUAGCGCUGGCGGAAAAACAUUUGAAAAUGAUAAAAGUCACAAUAUUAAACAAAAUGCGUCAGGAUCUCUGUUUUUUUACGAAAGAAAAUAUUGUGUUCAGUCUAAUGGUACGGGCGCUAGAGUGAUAGCAGUAACGGAAGCUGAUUGCAGCAACGCAAGAAAUUUCACAUUUGGAUCAGUGACUCAGUUCGGUGACAAAAUGAAAGAUGUUCAUUGUUCUUCAAAACAACGUAUGGUGAUCCACAAAGCUAACUAUGGUGAUUUCAAUAAUGGCGGGAGCUUUAAUACCAAUGCAACUGUUGAUAUCAAAUGUAGUCAACGAGCAAGUUGUGAGGUGAAACGUCUUUGUGGUGGUAACAGAUCUUGUGAACUGAUCGUUGACAAUAAUUUACUGUCAUCACAACAAUGUCCUGACAAAACAAAAGAACUUUUUAUCGAGUACACUUGUGUGGAUAAUUAUAUGAAUCCCAUAACAACGGCUCCCAACAUAAGAUUAUCAAAGUCAGCGAGCGAAGGUUUCAUUGAAAUAAGAAAUGUUUCCACUUGGAGAAAAGUUAAAGAGGAAAUCUGGGAUAUCAUUCGUGAAAAUUCGCUGUGUCAGCACUUAGGAUUUAAUGGGACACUGGGGAAUGUUGCUAAAACAAGGGGAAUUAAGAGAGGUCAGGAAAUUGCAAGUGGUAACCUUUGUUAUGAUGCAUUUCGGCAGGAUAAAUGUUGUGUACAUCUUUAUCCCUCUACAACAACGUCAACCGUUGAUGCGCCAUAUGUAACAUGCAAGAUAUGCAUGGAUCCAUUAUUACAGAACAAAACUAAGUUUCCAGACGCGAUAUUUUCUGGAAGUGGCUCUGCUGACAAUACCAAGUACAAAGAAGCGAGGUUUUCUAGCGAUGGUUGGUGUCCAACAGAGUCUGGAGACAAAUAUCUUAAGAUUGACCUUCAAAAUGAAUAUCACAUAACACGAGUUAUGGUUAUGGGUGAUAAAAAUCAAACAAAGUGGAGUGGAUCAUAUUCAUUGAAAUACAGUCAUGAUGAAAGUUUGGUUGAUGGCAGUAGUGAAGUACAGAUAAAUGGUAAUCAAAACGGUUAUCAAGCAUCGGCCACAGACGUAGAUAUUCAUAAUGCCAGAUACAUAAAGUUAGAGUCAAAUGAAAGCGCCGACUUUUGCCUUAGAAUAAAAGUGUGCGGAGAAAUCCAAAAGCCUGCUCCCGUACAAAGGAUUGUCGCUGAACCAUCGUUCUAUUCUGUCAAUCUGUCGUGGACAAUACCAGUGGCUAAAAAGUCUUCUUAUAUUACACAUUUCAUCAUUUACUUGAACGGUACAAAGAGAGAAAGAAUAUCUCGUGUACAACAUGGAAAUAAUUUCAUUCUUCGAGGUCUGAAACCUAACACUUAUUAUCAAGUUGGCAUAAUGUCACAGGAUGGAUAUUCAAAAAAGGCCAUUGCGGUCUACAAAAGUUAUAAAACUAAAAGAGCAGGUUUUUUUCUUAGACACACUCAGUCAGAAAAGUGUCUCGCAGCUGAAACUCCAACAUUUCGAAAUAAUGAAUAUGGCACCCGUUAUUGGAUUGAAAUGGUCACCAACUGCUUGAGUGAUUUUGCGUUGUUCCGUUAUCUGGAUAACGAAGUGUUGCAUAAUAUCGAGACAGAAGGGAACGUCGUGUCUGAAUAUGGUUUAUACAGUAAUCGCUUGUUUAUAUAUGACGGUAAAAAUAAGGUUGGAAGAAAUUUUGCAAACAGCACGAAACAUCGUAUGAAACAAACAACAGGUGGAUCUUUAUAUCUUUACAAUGUGGAUGAUUGUGUUCAGCCUAGUGUGCAGUAUGUUGACGUGAAAGGCACUUCAUGCACCGGAGUAGCAGCACAAAAAAUUACUUUCGGUUCAGUGACUCAGUACGGCGACAAAAUGAAAGAUGUUCAUUGUUCUCCAAUACAACGUAUGGUGAUCCACAAAGCUCAUUAUGGAGAUUUCAUUGAUGGUGCAACAUUCAAUGCCGGUGCAACGAUUGAUAAGAAAUGUAGUCGACAAGCAAGUUGUGAAGUGAAAUCCCUUUGUGGUGGAAACAGAUCUUGUGAACUGACCAUUGACAAUAAUUUACUGUCAUCACCAUAUUGUCCUGAUACCACAAAAGAACUGUAUAUCGAGUACACUUGUGUGGAUAAUUAUAUGAGUCCCAUAACAACAGCUCCCAAUAUGAGAUUAUCAAAGUCACCGAACGAAGGUUUCAUUGAAAUAAAUGAUGGUUCCACUUGGAGAAAAGUGAUAGAGGAAAUCUGGGACAUCAGUCUUGAAAAAUCGCUGUGUCAGCACUUGGGAUUUAAAGGGACCGUGGGGAGCAUUGUUAAGACUGAGGUAAUCGAGCCAGGUCGUGAAAUUGCAAGUGGUGACUUAUGUUAUGACGUACCUCAAAACGAGAGAUGUUGUGUCCACCUUAAUCCCUCUACAACAACGACAACGGUUAAGGCGCCAUAUGUGAAAUGCAAGAUAUGCGAGAAUGCAUUAUUACAGAACCACACCAAGUUUCCAGACACGAUAUUAUCUGGAAGUGGUUCUGCUGACAAUACCAAGUACAAAGAAGCGAGGUUUUCUAGCGAUGGUUGGUGUCCAACAGAGUCUGGACACAAAUAUCUUAAGAUUGAUCUUCAAAACGAAUAUCACAUAACACGAGUUGUAGUUAUGGGUGAUAAGGCCCAAAAAAGUUGGGGUGAAUCAUAUUCUUUGAAAUACAGUCAUAAUGAAAGUUUGGUGGAUGAGAAUCGUGCAAUAAAGGUGAUAGGAAAUCAAAACAGUCAUCAAGCAUCGACUACAGACGUUGAUAUAUACAAUACGAGAUAUAUAAUGAUAACACCAAAUAUAACAACACGCUUUUGUCUGAGAAUAGAUCUCUGCGGUGAAGCCCAAACUCCAGCUAAAGUAACGAAGUUUAUGAUCAAACCAUCUGAUUAUUCUGCCCAUCUGUCUUGGAACAUACCAGGUCCUAAUGAAUCUUCGUACAUAACACAUUAUGGUAUUUAUUUAAACGGGACCGAAGUGCGAAAAAUAUCUCGUGCAAUGUAUGGUAGUCAGUAUACGCUUCGAGGGCUUAAACCAUACAAGAACUAUACUGUUGGUAUACAGACACAGGAUGGUAAUUCUCAGAAUUCCUUGGUGGAAUACAAAACCUUCACGACCAAAGAAGCUGGCAAGAUAUGCGAGAAUGCAUUAUUACAGAACCACACCAAGUUUCCAGACGAGAUAUUUUCUGGAAGUGGUUCUAGUGACAAUACUAAGUACAAAGAAGCGAGGUUUUCUAGCGAUGGUUGGUGUCCAACCGAGUCUGGAGACAAAUAUCUUAAGAUCGACCUUCAAAGCGAAUAUCACAUAACACGAGUUGUAGUUAUGGGUGAUAAAGAUCAAACAAAGUGGAGUGGAUCAUAUUCAUUGAAAUACAGUCAUGAUGAAAGUUUGGUAGACGGUGGUAGUAGUUUACAGAUAACAGGAAACCUUUACGGCUUUCAAGCAUCGACUACAGCCGUUGAUAUUUAUAAUGUGAGAUAUAUCAAGAUACACUCAACUGAAAACACAGACUUUUGUCUCAGAAUAGAGCUCUGUGGAGAAGUGCAAUAUCCGGCUCCUGUUCAAAACGUUGUCGCUAAACCAUCAAAUUUCUCUGUUCAUCUGUCAUGGACAAUACCAUCGCCUGAGGCAUCCACUUUUAUCACACAUUAUAUCAUUUACUUAAACGGUACCGAGGUCAAAAGAAUAUCGCGCGCAUAUUAUGCAAAUCAAUACAUUCUUCGAGAGCUCACACCAAACACUAAUUAUGUUGUUGGCAUAAAGACACAGGAUGGUCAACUAAAGAAUACUCAGACAAUAGUUUACCACAAGUUCAAGACCAAAGAAGCUGUUCCAAGUGGAGCUCCACGCAGUGUUAUGAUUAAAUCUCGUAGUAAAAACUCGCUCGAAAUUUCUUGGAGAGCUCUUGAUAAGAUAUUUUGGAAUGGUGAAUUGGUGGGAUACCAGAUUUGUUUUUCUAUAAAGAAAAAUGAUGAAAGUCCGAAAUGUUCGAACACAAAAGUUUUGUCCACCUUAUCAUACGUUAUUUCAAAUCUUAUUCCUUCAACAAAAUACUUUGUGACAGUCUCGGCUGGUACAAAAAUUGGUUUUGGAAACAAAAGCUCAGAAAUAAGUGAAAUAACAAAUGGAGAGCCUGUGAACCCUGUUUUGAUGUCCCACUUUGAUCUUGGUUUAACGAUACCUAAGGCAGCGCCCUAUAUAAGAGAAGUUUUGAUUAUUGUUCAAAGAGCCACGUCAAGUAGUCAAACACCAAGUGAAAACAUAAAAACAAGUAAACUCGGACCAUACCAAUCAAACACUAAAGAUUUUUAUAUCACUGCAUAUCUGAGAGCAGACGUUCUCCCUUUGUCGUUCGUGAUCGGUGAUGGCAAAAAAUACAACUAUGAAAACGUAACAUACGUUAAUCAACCUCUUCAACCAAACACAAGUUACAACGUGUUCCUGAGAUUCUUUGAAAGCCAGAAUUCCUACUACUCCACAGGAUGGAGCAAAAGUAUAAAGACGAAGCUAACCCCAGGACCCAGUGGACCUCCACUGGAUGUUUCUUUGAAAUCUCGUGGUAAAUACACAUUGGAAGUAUCGUGGGAGGCUCCUGAAGAAAGUUCAACAACUGGAGAAUUAACUGGAUAUCAAGUUUGCUUUCAUACCAACGAGACUCCUUUAGAAUGCAUUGUGCUGAAAAACACGAAGGUGCUUGCACUUACUCUGAAAAAGCUUCAGCCUUCUACGAAGUAUUUUGUGACUGUCGCAGCGAGCACAAAAGCUGGUUACGGAGAGAAAAGCUCGGUAGUCAGUAAGAUAACCAAUGGAGAGCCAUUGAAUCCUCUCUCAACUUCCUAUUACACUCUCACGUUAAACAUCCCCAAAGCAGCAAACUAUAUUCGGCAAGUGAUGGUGAUCGUUCAAAAAGCCACGGGCAGCUCACUGCAAAGCGAAAAUAUUGAAACAAGUAAACUCAAGGCAUAUCAGACGAACACCCAAGAUCCUUAUGUCACUGCUUAUUUAAGUACUGAUGAUCUUCCUUUACCGUUUGUGAUCGGCGAUGGCAAAGAAUAUAAUUUUAAAACAGGGAAAUACUUGAACCAACCUUUGACAACCAAUUCGAGUUAUAUCGUGUUUUUGAGAUAUUUUGAGAGUCAGGAUUCGUACUACUCGACGGAAUGGAGCAGUAGUUUUAAAACUAUAGCCAAAGCACCUGCAGUUUGUUUGAAAAGUAACAUUUGUAAAAAAUCCGUGGAUUUUCUUAUACCGCUGAUUAUUCUGGCUUUAUGUUUUCUGGUUUCACUUGGUGUUAUUGUGUACCAACGUCGUCUUCUUCAAAAUAAAGAUGUGAAUCAUGGAUAUGGAACCUCAAAGCAGACGAAGGAAAUGAAAGAGUUUGAUUCUAUUUCAAAAGAUCCGAGAAAAAACAAAAGUGCAAAGUAUGAUCAAAGAACUCAAAAUGAUGAGACUGUUUACGAGACUCCAGAUGAUGUUAUUGAAGAAAUUGAGCGAAACGAGGGUGCACGUUCACUUGGAACAGAAAAAGAACAAGAAUCUUUGAACUACAUGUCGUUACAAGACAAAAAAGAACCAGCAAACGUUUAUCAGGCAUUGCAACCCCCCGUCACUAAUGAUAAUCAACGUCAUACUAAGAAGGGUGGUCAGUCAGUGGAAUAUCAAAAUCCUGCUUUCAAUGCAGAUUUCAGUGGUGAAUAGUUAUUCGUGAAAAAAAUUCUUCAAAUAUUAUAAUAUAGACAUAGUCAUACAUGCAUUGGCAUGCAUUGUCUCUUAGCAGUACAUACAUAUAUAAACAAAUUCUCCUAACAUAAUUUCAGUAAUGUACACUAUAUUU